GCCAGAGCUGUGCUGCAGCGGGCGAGCCUCCUUCCACACCUGACUGGCACUGUGGGUGGGAUUACCCGUGCCAGGUAACACCCUAAUCCCUGAUAAAAAAGGCAGGAGGGUGCUCUCUUUGGUAAAGCCAGAGGAACGGCUCUUAUUAAGCACAGCUGUGCCGUGCUUCGUUUGCACGAGGUGUCGGUAGCAUCGCUCUAGGACCCCGAUGAGAUAAGCGCGUCCAGCUCGUCCGCUUGAUUUUGCUGAGGAUCUUUCACAGGAGCCCCCACGUAUUUUUCUCUCCUCCCCUGUGCCAUUGAAGAGGGGAAAUCCUUCAAACUGCAAACUUCCUGCUUUGCUGCUUUGAGAUCUGUGAACUUUCUGCUUAUUAUCAUGAAAGAGGAAAUUCUCAACUUGGCUGUGACAGGGAGAAUAAAAGCACAGACACAGGAGUGAAAUAAGAUCUACAGAGUAGCUUAUUUUCUCCAUAUGUUUAUCCUCAGCAGAACCUUGAAAAAUGGCUUUCCUUCACCGAAUGAUCCAAUGUGCUACAGCCAAAGUGGAUAAAAAUGUUACAGAAGAGACAGUUAAGAUGUUGUUUUCAAAUAUUGAAGAUAUUCUUGCAGUUCACAAAAACUUCCUGUCCCUCGUGGAGGAGUGCUUGCAGCCAGAACCGAGUGCGCAGCAUGAAGUUGGAACUUGCUUUCUUCAUUAUAAAGAGAAAUUUCGUAUCUAUGAUGAAUACUGCAGUAACCACGAGAAGGCACAGAAAGUUCUGCUUGACCUUAACAAAAUAAGAACAGUACGGACAUUUCUUUUGAAUUGCAUGCUCCUUGGAGGACGUAAGAACACAGAUGUGCCGUUGGAGGGGUAUCUAGUAACGCCAAUACAAAGAAUAUGCAAGUAUCCUCUUCUUUUGAAGGAGUUACUGAAGCGGACUCCAAGGAAGCACAGUGACUAUGCAGCACUUAUGGAAGCCCUCCAGGCCAUGAAAGCUGUCUGUUCCAACAUAAAUGAGGCCAAGAGACAAAUGGAAAAAUUAGAGUUUCUGGAAGAAUGGCAGUCUCAUGUUGAAGGAUGGGAGGGGUCCAACAUCACUGACACAUGCACAGAAAUGCUGCGAAGUGGACUACUUCUGAAAAUCUCAGCAGGAAAUAUUCAAGAGCGGAUAUUUUUUCUGUUUGAUAACCUUUUGGUCUACUGCAAAAAAAAGCAUAGGCGAUUGAAGAACAGCAAAGCAUCUACUGAUGGCCAUCGUUACCUUUUUCGGGGCAGAAUAAACACAGAAGUGAUGGAAGUAGAGAAUGUAGAUGAUGGAACAGCUGACUAUCACAGCAGUGGCCACACUGUCAUUAAUGGCUGGAAGAUCCACAACACAGCAAAGAACAAAUGGUUUGUGUGCAUGGCGAAAACACCUGAAGAGAAGCAAGAAUGGCUGGAAGCUAUUUUGAAAGAGCGAGAGAGACGAAAAGGUUUAAAAUUGGGCAUGGAACAAGACACUUGGGUGAUGAUCUCUGAGCAAGGAGAAAGACUAUACAAAAUGAUGUGCAAACAAGGGAAUCUCAUCAAAGACAGGAAGAGGAAAUUAACCACUUUCCCCAAGUGCUUUCUUGGAAGUGAAUUUGUGUCCUGGUUAUUGGAAAUUGGAGAGAUACACAAAUCUGAAGAAGGCGUUCAUCUUGGCCAAGCUUUAUUAGAGAAUGGCAUUAUCCAUCAUGUUACAGAUAAGCACCAAUUCAAACCUGAGCACAUGCUGUACAGAUUCCGAUACGAUGAUGGAACAUACUAUCCAAGAAACGAGAUGCAGGAAGUGAUUUCUAAGGGUGUACGACUGUACUGUCGCCUUCACAGUCUCUUCACCCCAGUAAUUAGGGAUAAAGAUUAUCACCUGAGAACCUACAAAUCUGUAGUCAUGGCUAACAAACUCAUAGACUGGUUGAUUGCACAGGGGGAUUGCCGGACCAGGGAGGAAGCUAUGAUCUUUGGUGUAGCUCUUUGUGAUAAUGGGUUUAUGCACCAUGUGUUAGAGAAAAGUGAAUUUAAAGAUGAACCACUGUUGUUCCGUUUUUAUGCGGAUGAAGAAAUGGAAGGGUCAAAUAUGAAGCACAGACUGAUGAAACAUGAUUUGAAAGUAGUGGAAAAUGUCAUAGCUAAGUCAUUAUUGAUUAAAUCUAAUGAAGGCACCUAUGGUUUUGGUUUAGAAGAUAGAAAUAAGGUGCCAAUUAUUAAAGUGGUGGAGAAAGGAUCCAAUGCUGAGAUGGCAGGCUUGGAGGUUGGGAAAAAAAUCUUCGCCAUUAACGGUGACCUGGUUUUUCUGCGACCCUUUAGUGAAGUGGAUUGCUUCCUGAAAACGUGUUUAAACAGCAGAAAGCCCCUGCGGGUUCUUGUGAGCACUAAACCACGGGAGACAGUGAAGAUUCCUGACUCUGCAGAUGGACUGGGAUUCCAAAUCCGGGGCUUUGGCCCAUCAGUUGUCCAUGCUGUUGGGAGAGGAACAGUGGCAGCUGCAGCUGGUCUCCACCCUGGCCAAUGCAUAAUCAAAGUGAAUGGAAUUAAUGUCAGCAAAGAGACUCAUGCAAGUGUUAUUGCUCAUGUCACGGCAUGCAGGAAGUAUAGGCGUCCAAUGCAGCAAGAUUCUAUACAGUGGAUUUACAACAGCAUUGAAAGUGCACAGGAAGAUCUUCAGAAAACAAAUGCCAAGCCCUCUGGAGAUGAUGGAGGAGAUGCCUUUGACUGCAAAGUGGAAGAGGUGAUUGACAAGUUUAAUACUAUGGCAAUAAUUGAUGGGAAGAAAGAUCACGUAAGCCUGACUGUUGACAAUGUUCACCUGGAGUAUGGAGUGGUUUACGAGUAUGACAGCACAGCUGGAAUAAAGUGCCAUGUGUUAGAAAAAAUGAUUGAACCAAAGGGAUUUUUCAGCUUGACUGCAAAGAUUCUGGAAGCACUGGCAAAAAGUGAUGAGCAUUUUGUGCAGAACUGUAACAGCCUCAAUUCCUUAAAUGAAGUGAUCCCCACUGAGCUUCAAAGUAAAUUCAGUGUCAUUUGCAGUGAGAAAAUUGAGCAUAUCUACCGAAGAAUCUCUAGUUACAAAAAGUUUUCAAGAGUAUUAAAAAACAGAGCUUGGCCUACCUUCAAGCAAGCUAAGUCAAAGAUUUCACCACUUCACAGCAGUGAUUUCUGUCCGACCAAUUGCCAUAUCAAUGUGAUGGAAGUGUCUUACCCUAAAACCUCAACUUCUGUUGGGAGUGCCUUUGGUGUACAGUUAGACAGCAGAAAACAUUCUUCUCAUGAAAAAGAAAAUAAAAACACUGAUCAAGGUAAACUGAAUCCCAUGGUUUAUGUUCAACAUACCAUUACUACUAUGGCUGCCCCUUCAGGACAGUCUCUUGGCCAACAAGAGGGCCAUGGUCUGAGGUACCUCUUAAAAGAAGAAGAUUUAGAAACACAAGAUGUCUAUCAGAAAUUGCUGUUCAAAUUACAGACUGCACUGAAAGAGGUGGAAACAUGUGUCUGUCAGAUAGAUGACCUUCUUUCUUCAAUAACAUAUUCUCCCAAAUCAGAACGUAAAACACCUGAGCCUUUAAUACCAGCAGACAGUGAUAAUGAAAAGGGAGAAAGGAAUGGGAAGAAAGUCUGUUUCAGUGUGACAGGUGAUGAACAAGAAGAUUCUGGUCAUGAUACCAUCAGCAACAGGGAUUCUUACAGUGAUUGCAACAGCAACAGGAACUCCAUUGCUUCCUUUACCAGCAUUUGUAGCAGUCAAUGCAGUUCUUACUUUCACAGUGAUGAAAUGGAUUCAGGCGAUGAGCUUCCCAUAAGUGUUCGAAUCUCUCAUGAUAAACAAGACAAACUCCAUAGCUGUUUGGAACACCUUUUUGGUCAAGUCGAUUCAAUUGUCAAUCUUCUGAAAGGACCAGCUGUGGUGAGGGUCUUUGAACAGACAAAAUACUUCACACCAGGCCGAGGCCUACAAGAGUUUCAGCAGGAAAUGGAACCGAAGCUUAGCUGUCCAAAGAGGCUACGACUCCACAUCAAACAAGACCCUUGGAACCUUCCCAGCAGUGUCCGCAGUCUUGCCCAGAAUAUCAGAAAAUUUGUUGAAGAGGUGAAGGCACGGAUACUCUUGGCACUUCUUGAGUAUACAGACAGCGAGAUACAACUGAGGCGAGACAUGGUCUUCUGUCAAAGUCUAGUGGCCACAGUCUGUGCUUUUUCAGAGCAGCUAAUGGUGGCCUUAAAUCAGAUGUUUGACAACAACAAAGAAUAUGAAAUGGAGACAAUGGAAGCCAGCAGAAGGUGGUUGGAACAGAUAGCUAGUGCGGGUGUUCUCCUUCAUUUCCAGUCACUGCUGUCACCUAACCUGGCUGAUGAGCAAGCCAUGCUAGAAGAUACACUGGUUGCACUGUUUGAUUUGGAAAAAGUUACUUUUUACUUCAGACAAUCAGAGCCAGAACCACUAGUUGCAAAUGUUCCAAUCACAUACCAAGCAGAAGGAAGCCGGCAAACUCUGAAGGUUUAUUUCUACCUUGAUAGUUACCAUUUUGAACAGCUUCCUCAAAGACUGAAGAAUGGAGGGGGGUUUAAAAUCCACCCAGUACUUUUUUCACAAGCAUUGGAAAGCAUGGAAGGAUAUUACUACAGAGACAGUGUUUCAGUAGAAGAAUUUCAAGCUCAGAUAAAUGCAGCAUCACUAGAAAAAGUAAAGCAGUAUAACCAGAAACUACGAGCAUUCUACCUGGACAAGUCAAACCUUCCUGCAAAUUCAACAUCUAAAGCAGCUUACAUAGAUAAGCUGAUGAGGCCUCUCAAUUGCUUGGAUGAACUUUACCGACUCAUAGGGUCCUUUAUCCGUUCCAAGCGCACCGCUGCCUGUGCAUACACUGCUUGCAGUGCUUCUGGAGUUGGAUUGCUAUCAGUUUCUUCUGAACUCUGUAACAGGCUUGGAGCUUGUCACGUCAUUAUGUGCAACAGUGGAGUUCACCGCUGCACCCUGAGUGUUACCCUGGAGCAGGCAAUCAUUCUGGCCCGGAGCCAUGGGCUCCCACCUCGCUAUAUCAUGCAAGCUACAGAUGUCAUGCGCAAACAGGGUGCAAGAGUACAAAACACAGCCAAGAAUUUAGGAGUGAGGGAUCGAACGCCACAAUCUGUUCCAAGAUUAUACAAGCUCUGCCAACCACCACCACCAGCUGGAGAAGAAUGAGGAAAACAAUCAAAUAAUGGCUUUUAGAACACUGGGACUGUGUGACAAAGUCUAACUGCACUAUAGCAGUAUGUGCUUGGGCCUUUGAUAAAUGAAAAAAAAAAAUAUAUAUAUAUAUUAAAAAAAAAAAAGAACUUUACUCAGGAUACAAAAAAAAAAAGAAAGAAAUACCCUAUAUAUAUUCUCUAUUGCCAUUGCAAAAUGACUUCCGAAAAGCAUUUCUGGAAUCUGUGCACUCCAGCCUUGUGCUAGUAGAACAGGAGUCUUCCUUGGGAAUUUUACACUGGAAUCAGGUUCAUUUUGAUUUGUCUUUUUUAGCCACACAAUAGGUAUACACAGCCAGCAGCUUCAAAACGAAUGUCUUGUUCUGAGAGAAUGGUUUCACUUGUACACUACACAGGAUAUGUUCUUGUGGAAGGAAUAAAAGCCUGGAUAAACUAGACUUUAUAAUGAGCAUGCACUUCAUAUGGGGCUCUUUGCACUGAUAAUACUUUUUUUUUUUUUUUUCUUGUCAACAUCAUAACUUCUGAGAACAAUGACAUUAAUGUUUCCAGGAUAUAAUGUAAGCGAGGUUGAAGGAUUAAAACUCAUCUCUGAACUGUGCCUAAUGGCUACAGACUGCAUCUAUGAACAUUUGCUUGUAAUCACAGUAAACUCAGCCACAUCUUAAGUAGCCCAUUGUCAUAUUCUUUUCGAGGGAGUACAUGUAUGGCAUAUGAGGUGAUGUUUUACCCUUUUUCAGUUGCCAUUAUAUUUAGAUUGAAUUUCAGACUGUCUAGUGGAUGUUUCACUUUAUUGCGCCUCUGCAUUUCAGAGUUUUUCAAAGCUGUGUGUGUUCUUGUACAGUAUUAUACUAGCAGGUCUGCAUAGUGUGAGGAUGAGACAUGAGGAUGUUGUUAUGUUUAACUGGAAAUGUCUGUAUUUUAAGUUGAAAUAUGGUUUGGGGUUUUAAUGUCUUUGUCCACCAUUUCCCUUCUUUUGGUCAUACUGGUCUGUAUAGCAUUUCAGUUCUUUCUUGUGGGGUGGCCAUAAUUGUUACAGAUAUAUUUAAAACUGUACUGAGUUUUAGAGGGCCCAUAAAAAUACAUAUAUGCAUUUGGCUGUUCUUCCAGCCCAAGUAUUUUCAGAGGAAAUGCCCCUAAAUGAGGUUUAAUGUGUGAACAUAUUAAAUCAAAAACUAUAUUAUGAAAUAGUUUUACUUGUAGCAGUAGCUAGCUACACAUUCCAUUAGAGCAGGGCAUAUACUGCCUGAGUACAAUUUAUUUUUUGUAUAACAACCAUCUAUAGUUAUGCUAUAGCAAUCACUUCACAGCCAAAUUUUUGCAUAUUGUAUAAUUAUUUAUGAAAAUUUCAAGAAAUAUAUUAAUCCACAAUGAAGUGAUGAUUCAGAAGAAGAUGUACUCUUGCAAAGAGUGUUCUUUACAUAGGAAAUCUAGGGGACUUGUAACUUUUCUCCAAAGGAGGAAUUAGGGCUCCUACCUUUUUCAGUAUUCUUAAUGUUUUUACACAGACUUUAACUUUGCUAAGAAAAUAAGUAUUUUUAUAUAUCCACAGAAAUAUAUGUCUGCACAUAUAUUUUAGUUUUAAGAUGUGUAUAUGUAGUCAUAUGUAGUCAUAUAAAUUACCAUUCAAAUCACAAAUAUAGAAUGUUUUCCUUAAACUGUGACAAAAACAUGCAAUAAUGAACACUUCAGUAACAAUUUCUCCAUUGUGCUUUGAAGUUUACACUCCUUAGUAUUUGUUGGAAGAGUGGGACUUUAAUCUUUUUGUGUAGAAAGAAAAAAAAAAUAACUUAACCUUUCUGUCUAGGAUGACCUAAUGCAUAAGAAUGAGUCAUGAGUUAUAGAAUUGCUAUUCCAGUCAGAAUCUCAUAGUUUUCAAUGUGUUUUAUUCAGACAGGCAGUAUUGGCUAGGGUAACUCCCGCUCCAGGCAGAAGUGCCAAAAAUGUUUCAGUUUCUGCUUGUUCAGACAUCAGAAGUACACAGAAGCCAUAACCUGCUGAUGCCUAGGUUGGUGCCACAGACCCCGUGUGGUGGUGGUGUGGUCUGAACUGUGCUGUCAUUCACUGCUGUGAGUUCAGAUCUUGAUGUGAGAUUUGCCCACAUGAAUGUUUAAUAUUAUUUUAUUUUAUUUCUUUACUAUGAUGCAAGUCAGCUCUUGGCUGAAUAGAGCUACUAAUCCUGUAUAAUAAGAUAAAUUACACAAUCUGGAGGAUAAAAAUUGCUGCGUGCACACGUUACUGUAAUUGGCUGUAUCACUUUUUUUUAUCUCAUUGACAAUUGUACAAAUACAAAUAUGCCAAAACAAUCUCCUGUAUAACAUGGCAAUUGUCUACUUUGUUUUACUCUUGAAAGCUGGAGGUAAUUGACAUUGGCAACUACUGAGGGUCAAAUAGUUUUGAGCCACUCCCUGGACCAGAUUUUUCACCUAUUGAUUCAUGAGUGUGCAUCAGACAGAAAUCUUGGCCUCUAAUAACAUUGGAUGGGCAUAUAAGAAGCUCAUUCAUAAAUUGUAAAUGUACAUACGUUCAUGACUACAGCUAUUUCUCCUGAUUGGUAACAAGGUGGUAAUAAGGUGUAUAUAUUCUUUAUGCAAUGCGCAGACUUAAAAAAACUAAACAACACAAUUCUCCACACUAUGUUUAUACUUUUAUAAACUCUUAGACUUAGAGAUGAUGGGAAGAGAUGGCCAAGAGUGGUGAUUUACAAGAAGUGUAACACCCAUAGCUUGUGAAAUCUUUACCUCUGCUGCAACAGAUUAUGCAGCCCAUUUUUAUGAGAAUGUGUUGCACUGGUUUGGCUUAGGGAAAGCAUUCUAUAUGUAAUUUUUGCUUUUUCACCCAAGACAAGUGUAAUUCUUCUGGGAAUAAGUUAAAGGAUCUGGGAAUAAAUUCAAGGAUGAAUCUGGGAGUAAAUUCAAGGAUGUUAAAGUAUGUUACCAAAUGCUGACUGCUGUAAUUCCAGGUAGUCUAUAGGAGAUUUAACAACUAGAAAAUGAGGGUUAAGGGCCAAGUAACAUUUGAGUUGCCAUAGUGUUCAUGCUGGAAGAAAAUUGACAUUUUAAUUUUAAAGUAGAGCCUCAAUCUUUGGCCUACCUUUGUAAGCAUCUUUUCGACUGCAUCUAAACAAUCUUUUUUAUUAUUAUUAUUACUAUUUUUUUUUUUAUUUUAAGAAAUGAGUAUUGAUUCUGUCUUGUUCCCAUAAUUAUGUAUUUCAUAAUGCUUAUCAUCUCUGUAGAUUGUAAAUAAAUAAUAUAUAUAUAUAUUCCAGUUUCUAAAUGUCAAACUUUUGUUGUUUAGGAAUCCACUUUAAAAUAAAUAUUCUUCUUUCAGUUGAACCAAUCACCUAAUUGUAUGUCCACUGAGAAAGUUGCUAUCUUCUGUGUCUUUUUGGGUAGUUUUUCCUGGGUUUUAUCAAAUGCUUCAAGUUUUGAGGUUGUUUCUUUGUUUGUUUGUUUUUAAUGAAGUCAGCAGUUAUCAGAACUGCUAUUCUUUUAGAGGCAAAAAAGUAAACAUGUUAAUGAGAAUUUCUAGUAAUCAUAUUUCAUUUAUAAGAAUACCCUAAUGGGAGGGGGGGGGGGGAGGGGAAAUCAACCCCGUUUCAUUUAUCUGCUUUUAGCCAGAGAAAUUCAUAAGCAAAUAGUGUUGUUUUAUUUUUCUUUUAUUAAUUCAUUGUCAAUGUAAUAUAUACAUGUAUGUGUGUAAGACAAUUGCUUGAAAGUGAGUAUACAAAUCAUGAUUAAGCAUGAUAUUCAAGAAAGGAAAGUAUUUUUCAUUUAUUUUCAUUUAAAUAGUGAAAUCAGUAACUUUUACAUAUUGUUACUGUACUUCUUAUUUACAUCUACUUUAUGGGUAUGUCUGCCAGCAUUGUACGCAUAUUUUGCACUGUUAUUAUUUAGUGUUACGAAAACCAGAGUUUCUCAAGUUAAUGCAUUGCUAUAUGUAUUUUAUCUCUGUAACUGUUGAUAAAUACAGGUAGUGCUUUUCUAAUUGUACUCCAGCAGUACACUGGUGUUGGUAAACUAGAUGCACAGUACAUACCUGUCUCAGGAUACCUGGAUUUUUCAUUAGGUUUUGAGGUCUAAAACAAUACUGAACUCAUAUUUUUGUAUGCUGACAAUUGUUCUGUUGUUGGGUUUGUAUAUGUAUAUACAUACACACACACACACACACACUGUAUAUAUCCUUUAGUUUUCCUAAAGAAAAUGCAUUAUUAGAAAUGUUUCCUUUUUCUUGCUAAAAGAUGUUCUCUCGUUAUGUAUGUGUAAAUGAAUAUACAGUGUGCACAGUCAUGCAGAUGUUAACACCCAUGGGAAAUUUCAGAUUGUCCAGAGGCCAGUCAAAUACUUGUUUCUUCUCCAGACAGAGCUCCAUGCUAGAAAUCCUCUGUGGCUAGAGUGGAACAACUUUAAAAGUAAUUUCUGCUUCACUUUGGAAGUUCAAUGGAGUGUUCAAGCAAGUAGGACAUUUUUGCAAAAUACUUAAAUAGGGACUUCUAUGGGAACAUCCACACUUUUCUAUUUUUCUGUGUGCGUCCUGUUUGUACAAUGGGUCAGACUUUGAAAACUAAGCAGCCUUAUUAACUUUGUAACACCCUGUAAAUAGUGUAUGUAUUUGGUUAUACUUAUGUAAGACAAAAACAAAAGAAAACAAAAAACUUAAUUUUUGCAUUAAGUAUUGCACACAUUUCUUCAAACAAAGAAUAUAUUUGUAAUGUUGCAACAAGCACAAGAGAGAGAGCAUUAUUGCUUUGAAAUAUUAUAUGUAAGUACAUCCAUACACAGAAUCUCUCAGUGAACUUAUGUUUGAAAACAGUCAAACUAGCAGUUCUUAUGGGUAGUUGAAUUUGUUGGAAGUAACCUUUGGAAUUUAACUAUCCUUGAAACAUGGAUUUAAAAUACUUUUUCCUGUUUUGUAAAGUGCCUAUGUAGCAUACUUUGAGUCAAUUGCUUUAUUGAUUAUGGGUUAAACUAAUACUGUGUACUUGUAGAUCUUUAUUUUUUAGUCUACAUUUAUUUUUUUAGUCUACAUAUUAAAGACUGGAAUGGUAGCAAUGUAUUACAAAAUGUCAAAUGGCAAUAAAAUAAUUCAUAAUAUGG